AAAGAAUACGAACUGACCUGGUCUGGUAGACAAGUUAACUCCCCAAAUUCUAUCCAUUGAAAGUAAAGAGUUGCAUGUCUAACUUUGGAUGACUGAGUAAAUUCAUCUGGGUUUUCGUUCUCUCUUUUCCAACUUGGCGCACGAAGAUUAGAGAGCAGGGCAGAGGACUCUGCAAAACUAGAGGAACAAAUUGAAGUGUACCUACCCAACCCAGCAGCCGUCCCAAUCAGCAAAAUCCCGAGGUUCUUUACAAAAUGAAAUACAGUUUCCUUUUACUUUUAUCAAGCACUAGAAUGGGGAGAGAAACUUGUACACAGAUAGGCUCACUCCAAGAGAGACUCAGCCAUGGCCAUCGAGUUGCGGAGGAAAUGAGAGCAUGCCCUGUCGGCCAUUAGAGCUUCGACCCCGAGAGCUCUUGCCCGCCCCUUAAUCCACCUCAAGAUCCCUCACGAGUCACGACAGCAACCGUGACUGUAGCACAAAGUCUCCGCUUUGCCAUCUUUUUCGAUAAAGUAUUAUACAGAAAAUCUCUCUUGGAUUCAUUGCACUUUGAGCUUCCUUGUUGAAAAUGGGCAGAAAGGAGGAUAGUUUUUCAGAUUCUUUUUUGUAACUGUUCUUCUUCUUUUCCAUUUGGAACUAUAUCUUGGCCCAUAGUUCGAGGAUCUCACCAUUUGCGAGAAAGGCGAACCUGGGUUUCUUUUUUCGCCCUUUGAUCGAUGAAUUACACGGAUUUCAGUUUGUCAUCGCAAGGAGAAGUCUAUUGGCAGUGGUGGUCUUGCAGCUUCAAUCUUCUCUCUUUGAUGAGUGAUCACGGGCUUUGAGAGCAGUGCAGGUGUCAUACAAUCUAGUAUGCCAUAGUUGUUAUCAUGCCGGGUGCUAUUAAAAUGUCAGGGCAUUCCAAUUCAAGAAGCAUUCGGGGAUUGAGGUUUGUGGGGUCCUUGUUUGUUACUGCCGUACUUUUUUGUAUUGCAGAGGGGUUAAAUUUGGAGGGGCUGCACCUUCUAGUGCUGAAAAAUAGUCUUCAUGAUAAAUUGAACGUUUUGGGAAAUUGGAAUCCCUCUGAUCAAACACCAUGUGGAUGGGUUGGUGUGAGUUGCACUCCUGACAAGGAUCCUGUUGUCAACAUGCUUCACUUGAAUUCAAUGAACCUUUCUAAAACCCUGAGCCCUAGCAUUGGUGGUUUGGUCCAUCUAACUGUGCUUAAUAUUUCUGAUAAUGGGUUCACUGGAGAUAUACCUAGGGAGAUUGGAAACUGUUCCAUGUUGGAAUACCUCUAUUUGAAUAAUAAUCAUUUUGAGGGGCAACUUCCUGCUGAGUUGGGGUUGCUGUCUAAUUUGAAAAAAUUGAAUGUAUGCAACAAUAAACUAUCCGGCCCUAUUCCAGAGGAGAUUGGAAACUUGUCUUUAUUGGUUGAUUUGGUGGCAUACACCAAUAAUCUCACAGGCCAAUUGCCUCGUUCUAUUGGGAAUCUUAAGCAUCUAACUUCAAUUAGAGCUGGGCAAAAUGCUAUUUCUGGUAGCAUACCAGCUGAAAUAAGUGGAUGUGUGAGCUUAAAAUUACUUGGCCUUACCCAAAAUAAGAUAGGAGGGGAAAUACCAAAAGAAAUUGGGAUGCUCGGGAAGUUGAAAGAUCUGAUUCUACAGUCUAAUCAGCUUUCAGGGUUUAUCCCAAAAGAACUUGGGAACUGUACAAGGCUUGUUACCCUUGCUUUGUAUGAGAAUGCUCUUGUGGGAUCUAUACCUAAGGAGAUUGGGAACCUCAAAUCUUUGAGGAUGUUGUACCUCUAUAGAAAUAAGCUGAAUGGAACAAUUCCAAGGGAGAUUGGGAAUCUUUCUCUGGCAUUAGAAAUUGAUUUCUCGGAAAACUAUUUGACUGGUGAGAUUCCCUCUGAGUUCAGUAAGAUCACAAACCUAAGCUUACUAUACCUUUUCCAGAACCAGCUUAAGGGUGUUAUACCAAAUGAGCUCAGUAGCUUGAGGAACUUGACAAAAGUUGACCUCUCAAUCAAUAACCUCACAGGUCCUAUUCCUUUUGGGUUUCAGUAUUUGACUAACAUGACCCAGUUACAGCUUUUUGACAACUCUCUUACUGGUAGCAUUCCUCAAGGGCUUGGUCUUUACAGCCGACUUUGGGUGGUUGAUUUCUCUAAGAACCAACUAACAGGAAGGAUACCUCCUCAUCUUUGCCGGCAUUCUAACCUGAUGUUGUUGAAUCUGGAGUCCAAUAAACUAUAUGGAAAUAUCCCUACUGGGAUCAUCAAUUGCCAAUCUUUGGUGCAACUUCGUCUGGUCAGAAACAGACUUACUGGGAGCUUUCCAUCGGACUUGUGCAAAUUAGCGAACCUUUCAGCUGUUGAAUUGGAUCAAAACGGGUUCAGUGGUCCAAUUCCCCCAGCUGUUGGGAACUGCAAAAAGUUGCAGAGGCUUCAUAUUGCCAACAAUUACUUUACAUCAGAGUUGCCUAAGCAAAUAGGAAAUCUGUCUCGAUUGGUGACUUUUAAUAUUUCCUCGAACUUGCUUGUGGGAAGGAUUCCGCCUGAAAUUGUUAAUUGCAAGAUGCUUCAACGGCUUGAUCUCAGCAACAAUAGUUUUAUAGAUGCAUUACCAAAUGAGCUUGGAAUCCUUUCGCAGUUGGAGAUUCUCAGAUUAUCUGAAAAUCAUUUCUCCGGAGAUAUACCUUUGGCAUUGGGAAACCUCUCCCGUUUGACAGAGUUGCAGAUGGGUGGAAACUCAUUUUCUGGCGAAAUACCUCCUGAGUUGGGCUCCCUUUCAAGCUUGCAGAUUGCAUUGGAUCUCAGUAAUAACAAUCUCACUGGGAGAAUACCGGCAGAGCUUGGCAAUCUUAGUUUACUGAUAUACCUAUUCCUCAAUAAUAAUCAAUUGAGUGGUGAAAUUCCAGACACAUUUAAAAAUCUGUCUAGUUUAUUGGGUUGCAAUUUCUCAUACAAUAACCUUGCUGGACCUUUACCUUCUGGAUCACUGUUUCGUAACAUGGCCAUCAGCAGCUUCAUUGGGAACAAAGGGCUUUGUGGCGGCCUUCUUGUAGAUUGCGGUGAACUUCUAUCCUCGCCGUCAGUUCCAUCUCUGGAAAGUGUUGAUGCUCCUCGGGGUAAAAUUAUUACGGCAACCGCAGCUGCUGUGGGUGGCAUUUCUCUCAUUCUAAUUGUAAUUCUUUUGUAUUUCAUGAGGCGUCCAGCUGAGACGAUUCCUUCCUUGCAAGAUAAGGACAUUCCAUUUCCAGAUUCAGACAUCUAUUUCCCCCCAAAAGAGGGGUUCACCUUCCAAGAUCUGGUUGAGGCCACAGAAAAUUUCCAUGACAGUUAUGCUGUUGGAAAGGGAGCUUGUGGAACAGUUUAUAAAGCAGUUAUGCAUUCUGGACAGAUUAUUGCUGUUAAGAAACUAGCAUCUAACAGGGAGGGGAACAACAUUGAGAACAGUUUUCGGGCUGAGAUUUUAACUCUUGGAAAGAUUAGGCAUCGUAACAUUGUAAAGCUAUACGGUUUCUGCCAUCAUCAUGGUUCCAAUCUGCUUCUAUAUGAGUACAUGGCUAGGGGCAGCUUGGGUGAAAUCCUUCAUGGGGCCUAUUGUAGUUUGGAAUGGCCAACUCGGUUCACAAUUGCUCUUGGAGCAGCUGAAGGUCUUUCUUAUUUGCAUCAUGAUUGCAAACCAAGGAUUAUUCACCGUGAUAUAAAGUCCAAUAAUAUUCUAAUUGAUGAUAGCUUCGAAGCCCAUGUUGGUGACUUCGGUUUGGCCAAAGUAGUUGACAUGCCUCAAUCUAAAUCAAUGUCUGCAGUUGCAGGAUCAUAUGGGUACAUUGCACCAGAAUAUGCAUACACUAUGAAGGUUACAGAAAAAUGUGACGUCUAUAGCUAUGGGGUUGUUCUAUUGGAGUUGCUGACAGGGAAAACCCCUGUACAGCCACUAGAUCAAGGUGGUGAUCUUGUCUCGUGGGUGAGAAAGUAUAUUCGGGAUCAUUCAUUGAUAUCUGAGAUACUUGACCCCAGAUUGAACCUUGAAGACAAGAGUACAGUCUCUCACAUGCUUACUGUCUUAAAAAUUGCUUUGAUGUGCACGAGUAUGUCCCCUUUGGACCGACCAUCAAUGCGAGAAGUCGUCUUGAUGCUUAUAGAGUCUAAUGAGUGAGAAUGGAACUUUACUAUUUCCAGCUUAUGAUCUUCUGCUUAAAGUUGAUGCCUCCUGCAAGUAUGUGACCAUUUCCAAUAUCUAUUAACUGAGAUUAUUUCUUGAUGCUGAUUCUUCCUGGUAUUUUCACAGACAGCAAAAAUGACAAUCUCUUGUACAUUUCUCAUGAAAGAAUAUCAUUACUUGGCUUCUGAUUUUAGUUUAUGGGGGGACUGAUAUUUCUCUCAAAAUACCGCAAGUCCUUUUGCAAUUGCUACAACAUUAUCACUCUGGUGUACAGCUGCGGUACUAUUCUAUAUGUAUCUUAAAGGUCCUCGAGUUAAUGAAAUUGGUUGAGAGAUGAUUGUCUUUUUA